ACUUUCCCUUUUAACCUCCCUCGCCUUGGCAUUUCUUGAAGCUAGAGACUUCAUAAAGCUUAACAGAUCAGAGAGAGAACUGUUACCGAGUGAGUGACUCAGUGAGUUAGGGGUGACAAGAUGGCUACAAGUGAGGCAUCCGUGACUCGGAUAAUGGUGGCGGUGAAUGAGUCAACGAUCAAAGGUUACCCUCACGCUUCUAUAAGUAGUAAGGGAGCUUUCGAGUGGACUCUUCAGAAGAUCGUUAUGUCCAACACUUCUGGUUUCAAGCUUCUCUUCCUCCAUGUUCAAGUUCCCGAUGAAGAUGGUUUCGAUGACAUGGACAGCAUAUAUGCCUCUCCUGAAGAUUUCAAGAGCCUGAAGAGCAGGGACCGGGCUAGAGGGCUUCAUCUGCUUGAAUUCUUUGUUACAAGGUGCCAUGAAAUUGGGGUUGCUUGUGAAGCAUGGAUCAAGAAAGGUGAUCCAAAGGAAGUUAUCUGCCAUGAAGUGAGGAGGAUCCAGCCAGAUCUUCUUGUUCUUGGUAGCAGAGGACUUGGUCCUUUCCAACGGGUUUUUGUCGGAACGGUGAGCGAGUUUUGCGUGAAGCAUGCUGAGUGCCCUGUCGUAACAAUCAAGCGUAGAUCGGAUGAAACUCCUCAAGACCCCGUCGAUGACUAAAUUUGUUUCACAGACCCCUUGAUUCAUUGCUCUUGGUUCUGUUAAUAGACUUGAAACUCUACGACUUUACCAAUUCCAUAUAUCAUUGGGGAUAAGAAAUGAAUUGCUUCUGUUUUGGUGGAAAAAAUACUCUGUUGUGGAUUGCGUUUGUUGUGUGCAAAGAGAACUGCUAUUAUUAGUCUGGCCCGUAUAUAAAGUUGUAUUUGCUUUAAUUACUUCCAAAA